GCCCACCCGGUUUCCGCGCGCCUCUUUGGCAGCUGGUCACAUGGUGAGGGUGGGGGUGAGGGGGCGCUCUAGCUUGUGACCUGUGUCUAUGGUCUGGCCCAGCACGUCCAGCUGCUCGGGUGCAUGGCACCUCGGAACUCCGCUCCGUGGCGCCGAUAACGGGCUGCCGCCGCAGCUCCUAGCCCGGGGCGAGGCUUUCCCUGAUUUGAGAAUGGCCACCUCUCGCUAUGAGCCAGUGGCGGAGAUCGGUGUCGGUGCCUAUGGGACAGUGUAUAAGGCCCGUGAUCCCAACAGUGGCCACUUUGUGGCCCUCAAGAGCGUGAGAGUCCCCAACGGAGAAGGUACUGGAGGGGGCCUUCCUGUCAGCACAGUUCGUGAAGUGGCCUUAUUGAGACGGCUGGAGGCUUUUGAGCAUCCUAAUGUUGUCCGGCUGAUGGAUGUCUGUGCUACAGCCCGAACUGACCGGGAAACCAAGGUGACUCUGGUGUUUGAACAUGUGGAUCAAGAUCUAAGGACCUAUCUAGAGAAAGCACCCCCACCAGGCUUGCCAGUGGAUACCAUCAAAGAUCUUAUGUGCCAGUUUCUCAGAGGCCUUGAUUUCCUUCAUGCCAAUUGCAUCGUUCAUCGGGACCUGAAGCCAGAGAACAUUCUGGUGACAGGUAGUGGGACAGUCAAGCUGGCUGACUUUGGCCUGGCCAGAAUCUACAGCUACCAAAUGGCUCUUACACCUGUGGUAGUUACACUUUGGUACCGAGCUCCUGAAGUUCUUCUCCAAUCUACGUAUGCAACUCCUGUGGACAUGUGGAGUGUUGGCUGUAUCUUUGCAGAGAUGUUUCGUCGGAAGCCUCUCUUCUGUGGAAACUCUGAAGCUGACCAGUUAAGCAAGAUUUUUGAUCUCAUCGGGCUGCCCCCAGAGGAAGACUGGCCCCAAGAUGUGUCUCUGCCCAGAGCUGCCUUUUCUUCCGGAGGGCCACGCCCAGUGCAGUCCGUAGUGCCCGAGGUGGAGGAGUCUGGAGCACAGCUGCUGCUGGAAAUGCUGACUUUUAACCCACAUAAGCGAAUUUCUGCCUUCCAAGCCCUGCAGCAUUCUUACCUACAAAAAGGUGAAGAUAAUCCAGAGUGAGCAGUGGAGUAGCUGGAAUAGGACCAAGCCAAGGAGGAGAAGCUAUCAUUUUCUGUCUUUGGAC